GUGGGUGUAAGUGUUGAUCAGCCUCACUGCUUGGGGAAAAUGACUGUUUCUGUGUCUGGGAGUGGAGGGGUGGGUCAGUGGGUGGAGGUGUUGAUCAGCCUCACUGCUUGGGGAAAGUGACUGUUUCUGAGUCUGGGAGUGGAGGGGUGGGUCUGUGGGUGGAGGUGUUGAUCAGCCUCACUGCUUGGGGAAAGUGACUCUUUGAAUCCAGUAUCUUGGUGUGGAUUCUAUGAAGCCCCGACUCUGAUGGCAGUGGGACAAACGGGGUGGGUACGGAAAACGUACUGCACAAUACCUGCCCUUCAGCCUAUGAAGUUGUGCCCAGCAGGCGAUCGGACAUUCCAGAGGGCAAUCUGCAUCGGGAGCAGCGCACCGCAGAUGAAAUCAAAGUUCAGAAGGGGCAAGCGGGCAGCAUUGUUUGGGAGCCGCAAGCUUUUUGCCUCAAGAGGCUGAUGCCAGAGAAACAGUUUAGGAGAUUUGGACUUUGAUGCCCAUUGGACAGUGCGGGCUGGAUAGAAGAUAUGACAGUGUGCUGCUCCUCCAGGUGGAUGUGGGUAUUCAUGGAACCUGAUAGUCUCCCUGAUUAUUACACUUGUAGGAAGUUUCUGAAAGACCGAAUGAAGGAGCUGGAGCUGGUGUUGGACAAAUAUAGAAUAAUCCAGGAGGCAGAGUAUAAACUUUAACCACACCAGCUUAAAGACCGUGUUCCCUAAAUUCCUGCAAUAUGUGGAUUUCAAAACCAGGAGAGACAACACACUGGACUUUGUUUAUACCAACACCCCACAGGCAUACAAAGCAGCCCCCCCGCCCCCAUCCUGGCCACUCUGACCACACAUCUCUCAUGUUAACAUCAGCAUAUAAACCACUGCUUAACCGUGUGAGAGCAGAGAAAAGACAGGUAAGGGUCUGGCCAAACGGAGCAGCCUCAGCACUACAGGACUGUUUUUUGCACACAGACUGGGACAUAUUCAAGACAGCAGCCUCCUAUGAUGACCAUACAGACAUUGAGUAUGCUGAGACAGUAAUCAGCUACAUUGCCAAAUGCAUGGAGGAUGUCACUGUGAUAAAAACCUUCACCGCACGUGGUUAUAAAAAGCCAUGGAUGACAACAGAGGUGCGUUCACUACUGAAGGCCCGUGACACAGCCCACAGAUCGGGGGACAGGUGUGCGCUUCACUCAGCCAGGACUGCGCUUUCACUGGGGAUCAGGAAAGCGAAAAGGGCCUACGCGGGCAAAAUACAUGGACACUUCUGUGACACAGGUGACACCAGACGGAUGUGGCAGGGAAUUAAAGCUCUGGCAGACUACAAGAUCAGGCAGAAAACUGAUGACAGCGACGCCUCUCUUCCUAGCAGGCUUAACAAAUUCUUUGUAUGCUUCAGAGCACCAAACACCACAGCAAGGGGGAGAGCCAGUCCCUUCUUACCAUCUAACCAACCGGCUCCAAUAAUUGAUUCAGAGCAAACACGGAGGGUCAACCCAGGAAAAGCGGGAGGUCCCGACAACAUCCCUGGACGUGUGCUCAAGGAAUGUGCUGACGCAUUAGCAGAUGUCCUGACAGACAUUUUCAACAUCUCCCUUAGUCAAGCCACUGUCCCCAGAUGCUUCAAAACCUCCACAAUCAUCCCUGUAGCAAAGAAAUCAGCUGUAGCCUGUCUGAAUGAUUACCGUCCCGUUGCCCUGACCCCCGUAGUGAUGAAAUGUUUCGAACGGCUUGUCAAACCUCAUAUCACAGCCAGCCUCCCCUCAUCGCUGGAUCCUCUACAGUUUGCUUAUCGUCCAAAUCGCUCUACGGAGGACGCAAUAUCCACCACACUGCGCACAGUUCUCUCUCACUUGGACAACAAAGGCACUUGUGCCAGAAUCCUGUACCUUGAUUUCAGUUCAGCGUUCAAUACCAUCAUCCCGCAGAGACUAGUGGGGAAACUGUCGCUGCUUGGCCUUAACGCUGCCAUGUGUCACUGGAUUCUGGGUUGCUUGACAGAGAGACCACAGUCAGUCCGUGUUGGCAGGAACAUCUCUGACUCCAUCACACUGAGCACUGGAUCCCCACAAGGCUGUUUACACUGCUAACACAUGACUGUGCUUGGAUUGUUGGAACCUUUUCUGGGGAAGUGGUGACUGGAGGGAACCAAUAUCCUGAUGGGGAUGUUUGAGAAAUGCUCUUCGGGAGGGUUUAAACUAGAUUUGUAGGGAACCAAAGUGAAGAGGCAGAGGUUGGCACACAAGUAGAGGCAGCUCGGAAGGAGUUUAUGAGGAAGGAUGGGCUGAUGAUGGAGCAAAGAACCACUCAGCCUGGUGGUUUGACAUGCACCUACUUUAAUACGAGGAGUAUCAUGACCAAGGCGGAUGAACUUAGAGUAUAGAUCAAUAUGUGGAACUAUGACAUUAUGGCCAUUACAGAGACUUGGAUGUCUCGGGGGCAGGAGUGGCUGCUGAGUGUGCCAAGCUUUAGAUGUUUCAGUAAGGAUGGAGGGAGGCAGAAGAGGUGCGGGAGUGUAUCAUAGCUGCAGAAAAGGAGGAAGUCAUGGAGGGAUUGUCCACUGAGUCAUUGUGGGUGGAAGUCAGAAACAGGAAGGGGGCAAUAACUCGACUAGGUAUUUUUUAUAGACCCCCCCCCCCAAUAGUACCAGGGACAUCGGGCUGCAAAUAGGUAGGCAGAUUCUGGAGGGGUGCAAUAAUCUUAUAUUCUAUACCUCUAGGAAUGAAUGCCAACAUUGCAUUCACCUCCUUCACUAUCGACUCAUCCUGGAGGUUAACCCUUAGGGUAUCCUGCAUUGGAUUAGAUGGACCCCAGGCUACUGUGGGAAGCGAGGGAGGAGAUUGCUGAGGCUCGGGCAAUGAUUUUUGCAUCAUCAAUAGCGAUGGGAGAAGUACCAAAGGAUUGGAAAGUUCCCUUGUUCAAGAACGGGAGCAGAGACAACCCAGGAAGUUAUAGACCAGUGAGUCUUACUUCAGUGGUGGGCAAGUUUUGGAGAAGACCCUGAGAUCAUAAGACCAUAACAUAUAGGAGCAGAAGUAAGCCAUUCAGCCCAUUGAGUCUGUUCCACCAUUCAAUCAUGUGUUGAUUUAAUUCUUCCAGUCAUCCCUGCUCCCCUGCUUUCCCCCAUAUACUUUGAUGCCCUGGCUAAUCAAGAAUCUAUCCAUCUCUGCCUUAGAUACACCCAAUGACUUGGCCACUACAGCCGCUCGUGACAACAAAUUCCACAGAUUUACCACCCUCUGACCAAAGUAAUUUCUCUGCAUCGCAGUUCUAAAAUGACGUCCUUCAACCCUGGGGUCGUGCCCUAGAAUCCCCUACCAUGGGAAAUAACUUUGCCAUAUCUAAUCUGUUUAUGCCUUUUAACAUUUGGAAUGUUUCUAUGAGUCCCUCCUCAUUCUCCUGAACUCCAGGGAAUACAGCCCAAGAGCUGCCAGACGUUCCUCAUACGGUAACCCUUUCAUUUCUGGAAUCAGUCUCAUGAAUCUUCUCUGAACUCUCUCCAAUGUCAGUAUAUCCUUUUGAAAAUAAGGAGCCCAAAACUGCACACAAUACUUAAAGUGUGGUGUCACAAGUGCCUUAUGGAGCCUCAACAUCACAUCCCUGCUCUUAUAUUCUAUACCUCUAGAAAUGAAUGCCAAUAUUGCAUUUGCCUCCUGCACCACCGACUCAACCUGGAGAUUAACCUUUAGUGUAUCCUGUACGAGGACUCCCAAGUCCCUUUGCAUCUCUGCAUUUUGAAUUCUCUCCCCAUCUAAAUAAUAGUCUGCCUGUUUAUUUCUUUCACCAAAGUGCAUGACCAUACGCUUUCCAACAUUGUAUUUCAUUUGCCACUUCUUUGCCCAUUCCCCUAAACUAUCUAAGUCUCUCUGCAAGUUCUCUGUUUCCUCAACACUACCCCCUCCACCUAUCUUUGUAUCUUCGGCAAAAUUAGCCACAAAUCCCUUAAUACUGUAGUCCAAAUCAUUGACAUACAUCGUAAAAAGUAACAGUCCCAAUACCGACCCCUGUGGAACUCCACUGGUAACCGGCAGCCAGCCAGAAUAGGAUCCCUUUAUUCCCACUCUCUGGUUUCUGCCGACCAGCCAAUGCUCCACCCACGCUAGUAACUUCCCUGUAACUCCAUGGGCUCUUAUCUUGCUAAGCAGCCUCAUGUGUGGCACCUUGUCAAAGGCCUUCUGAAAAUCCAAAUACACCACGUCUACGGCACCUCCUUUGUCUACCCUGCUUGUAAUUGCAGUAGGUUUGUCAGGCAAGAUUUUCCUUUCGGGAAACCAUGCUGGCUUUGGCCUAUCUUGUCAUGUGCCUCCAGGUACUCUGUCGUCUCAUCCUAACAAUUGAUUCCAACAACUUCCCAACCACUGAUGUCAGGCUAACAGGUCUAUAGUUUCCUUUCUGCUGUCUCCCACCCUUCUUAAAUAGCGGAGUAACAUUUGCAAUUUUCCAGUCAUCUGGUACAAUACCAGAAUCUAUCAACCUUGAAAGAUCAUCAUUAAUGCCUCUGCAAUCUCUCCAGCUACUUCAUUCAGAACCCAAGGGGGCAUUCCAUCUGGUCCAGGAGAUUUAUCCACCCUCAGACCAUUGAGCUUCCUGAGCACCUUCUCAGUUGUAAUAGUCACCGCACAAACUUCACUUCCCUGACACUCUUGAAUGUCCGGUAUACAACAGACGUCUUCCACUGUGAAGACUGAUGCAAAAUACACAUUCAGUUCCUCUGAGAGGCAGGAAUUAUGAGCAUUUGGAGAGACAUAAUAAGAUCAGGGAUAGUCAGCAUGGCUUUGUCAAGGGCAGGUGGUGCCUUACAAGCCUGAUUGAAUUGUUUAAGGCAGUAACAAAACACUUUGAUGAAGGUAGGGCAGUGGGUGUAGUGUAUAUGGAUUUCAGCAAGACAUUUGAUAAGGUUCCCCAUGCAAGGCUCAUUCAGAAAGUAAGGAGGGAUGGGAUCCAAGGAAACAUUGCUUUAUGGAUCCCGAACUGGUUUGCCCACAGAAGGCAAAGCGUGGUUGUAGAUGGGUCAUAUUCUGCAUGGAUGUCGGACACCAGUGGUGUUCCACAGGGAUAUGUUCUGGGAUCCUUAAUCUUUGUGAUUUUUAUAAAAUACCUGGACGAGGAAGUUGAAGGUUGAGUUAGGAAGUUUGCUGAUGACACAAAAGUUGGAGGCGUUGUGGAUAGUCUGGAGGGUUGUCAGAGGUUACAGCGGGACAUCAUAGGAUGAAGAACUGGGCUGAGAAGUGGCAGAUGGAGUUCAAUGAAGAUAAGUGUGAGGUGGUUCAUUUCGGUAGGUCAAAUUUGAAGAUAGAGUAUGAUAUUAAUGGUGAGACUCUUGGCAGUGUGAAGGAUCAGAGGGAUCUUGGGGUCCGAGUCCAUAGGAUGCUCAAAGUUGCUGCACAGGUUGAUUCUGUGGUUAAGAAUGCGUACAGUGUAUUGGCCUUCAUCAAUCGUGGGAUUGAGUUUAAGAGCCGAGAGGUAAUGUUGCAAGCUGUAUAGGACCCUGGUCAGACUCCACUUGGAGUACUGAGCUCAGUUCUGGUCGCCUCACUACAGGAAGGAUGUGGAAACUAUAGAAAGGGUGCAGAGGAGAUCUACAAGGAUGUUGCCUGGAUUGGGGAGCAUGCCUUAUGAGAAUAGGUUGAGUGAACUCGGCCUUUUCUCCUUGCAGUGACGGAUGAUGAGGGGCAUUGUGGACAACCAGAGGUUUUUUCCCAGGGCUGAAAUGGCUAACAUGAGGGGUCAUGGCUUAAGGUGCUUGGAAGUAGAUACCGAGGGGAUGUCAGGGGUAAGUUUUUCACACAGAGAGUGGUGUGCACUGCCAGCGAGGGUGGUGGAGGUGGGUACAAUAGGGUCUUUUAAGAGCCUCUCAGAUGGAGCUUAGAAAAAUAGAGGGCUUUGCAGAAGGGAAAUUCUAGGCAGUUUCUAGAGUAGGUUACGUAGUUCCACUACAUUGUGGACCAAAGGGGCUGUAAUGUGCUGUAGGUUUCAGUAUCACUGGGAUUAAUAUGGACCAGGACUAUAUCACCCACCCCUUGAAGAAUGCGAGAUAUCCAUAACCUUGGCACUUGGGAGUAGACGUACCAUUCCGGUGCCUCAUGGAAUCCGCAGUCUGCUCCUCUCACUGUGGAACCCCCUUCCCUUCCGAGCCCGGUCGCUGCAGCUUCCCUCUGCGAGGUGUUCCCUUCACCCCACAACAGUAUCCAAAGCGAUGUUAUUGAGGGGAAUGGCCGCCAAUUCCCUUUCCCUCUGACAGCCAUCUAGGUACCUGUCCCCGACAACUUAGAGUGACUACCUCUCUCUGUUUCAUAUCUAUCACCUCCUCCUUCUCCCGUAUGAGCCAAAGAUAUCAAGCUGCAGCUCCCGUUCCUUAACACAGCCUCUUGGUGAACUUUGUGCAAAUGUAGGUAUCAUACGACAGGAAGUCCCAUAUCUCACAAGGAACGUACCACUACCUCUGGAUGUGUGAUUAGCAUACUGGCUAUGUACUAACAGAAAAGAAAAUUUACUAGAAAUUUUCUUACUUGCUUACUUACCCCCACCCCGGCUUGCCCAAGCUAGACCACUCUAACAAUGCCCCUCUCCAACAAUGGCCACUCUGCUCACACUUCCCUGCUGAAAAGGAGCUAAAAGCUCCAGAACUCUUUUUACACCUUGUGCUGUGUCACGAACAAACAAUUUCUUGCACUGAUUUCAGCCAGUGAAAAAGAAACUGAAAGCUCCCGAGCUCUUUUAAAGCCUCAAGCUGGUUCACCAACGACCAAACUCACUGAUGAACCCUCCCCAUCAAGCUGGUAAUUCCAGAGCUCUUUUAAAGCCUCAAGCUGGUUCACUAAAGAACAACUUCCCGUGCUGAUUUCAGCUUUCUGAGGAGGCGGGCUCCAGAUCAGGCCCCAGUGCAAGGCAACGGCCAGUGAGAGUAGGUCUGGUUGCCAGGAUUGGAGCAGGAACAGCCAUUGAAACGUCAUUCAUUUCAGCACUCAAGGCUUAACCGUUAGGGAGGGUGAACACGAUGCGCUUUGCAUCUGGGCACUGAGGGAAGGCCGGGACUGGUAGCUCAGUGUUCGACUGUACGGUGUGGGUCAGCAAGAAGGGGCAGUUGCCCUCUUACAUAGAGAGGAUGUAACGGUGGUGCUUAGGGUCAAUGUUCCCAGGGAAAUCGUUCAGUGACGCCACAUGGGCAGAACUAACACACAAGCAGGGGAGGGUCUCUGAUGAGAGGUGUCACAGUAGUCAGAGUACAUAGAAUACUACUGUCCAGUACAUGUUGUGCCAACCCUCCAACCUACUCCAAAAUCAUUCUAACCCCUGCCUCCAUUUUUCUAUCAUCUACAUGCCCAUCUAAGAGUCUCUUAAAUGUCCCUGGUGAGUCUAUGUCAACUCCAGUCCUGGCAGCACAUUCCAUGCACCCAUCUCGCCUAGACAUCUGCCUAGAUCUUCCUCCAAUCACCCUCAAAUUCAUUUCCACCCUGGGAAAAUGUCUCUCCCUGUCCACUCGAUCUAUGUCUCUUAUUAUGCUGUGCACCUUAUCAAGUCACUUCUCGUCCUCCUUCGCUCCAGAGAAAAGCCCAGCUCCCCCAUCCUUUCCUCAUAAGUCGUUCUCCUUAAUCCAGGCAGAUGCUGCCGACUCGCCUCUGCAACCUCUCUAAGGCUUCCACGUCCAUCCGAUAAUGAGGCGACCAGAACUAAACACAAUACUCCAAGUGUGAUCUGCCAGGGCUUUAUAGAGCUGUAACGUUACCUCACAGCUCUUGAAUUCAAUCCCCUGACGAAUGAAGGCCAACACAUCAUACUCCUUAACAGCCCCAUCAACGUGUGUGGUAGCUUUGAGAGAUCUAUGGAUGUGGACCCCAAGACACUAAUUAAGAGUAAAAGGAUGGUCAUGGAGAGAGCAGGGUCCUGUCAAGGGAUCAGCAGAGCUACCGAUGUUUUGAGCUAAAGGUGAACGUUUUGCCUCUGAGUUUAGUGAGGAAAAAACCUCAGUUGCUCAGUCGAUGAGGGGAAGAUGAUUUGGAGGACACUCAUAUUACCCCAGAGGAGGUAUGUGCAGCAUUAAAGUGGCCAGGGCCUGACUGAGUGCACCCUUGGAUGUUGGGAGGCUGAAGAAGGAAUUGUGGAGCCCCGUGCAUAGACCUUGGCUUCACUGCCAGCCCCUGAAGACCGGAAGGUGGUUGGUGUUGUUCUAUGUUUAGCAAGUGUAGCAAGAACAAACCAGAUCAGUCAGAUCGACCUCAAUGGUGAAGAAGUUACAGAGGGAAUUCUAUGGAACAGGAUCUAGCAGCCUUUGGGUGGACGACUUCCCACACGCAAAGCCAUGCUGACUCCUGCUAAUGAGAUCAGAAUGCUGAAUCCAUCUGGGUCGGGAUUAGGAAUAGUACAGGGAAAUAAAAUCACUGAUGGGAGUUGUGUGUCGGCCACUGAAUAAUAACAUUAUAGUGGCACAGGCAUUAAUCAGAGAAAUAUCUGAGGCAUGUAAGAAUGGAACAGCAGUUAUCGUGGGGGACUUUAAGUUGCACAUAGAUUGGGUGAAUCAAGUUGGUUGAAGCAGUCUUGAGGAAGACUUAAUAGAAUGCAUCCGUGAUGGCUUUCCUGAACAGCCUGUUACUGAACCUACAAGGGAACGUGCUAUCGUAGAUCUGGUCCUGUGCAAUGAGGCAGGUAAAAUCAGCAAUCUGGUCAUUGGGGAUCCUCUUGGGAAGAGUGACCAUGAUUUCUCAUACAAUUGAAGGGUGCAAUAGUUCGAACUAAACCCUUCUUCUUCCACUGUCCGUCGAUUUUCGAUGAUGACUGAGGCCGCCUGGGCAAGGUUUAUGGAAGACUGGCAGUUGCCCAUGCUGCAAGUCUCCCCUCUCCACGCCACCGAUGUUGUCCAAGGGAAGGGCACUAGGCCAAUACAGCUUGGCACCAGUGUCGUCGCAGAGCAAUGUGUGGUUAAGUGCCUUGCUGAGGCUUGAACUAGCGACUUUCAGAUCACUAGGCCAACGCCUUAACCAUUUGGCCACGUGCCAAGUGGGUCUAAAACCAGUGUGUUAUGUAUAAAAAAUGGAGACUACAAUGGGAUGAGGGAGGAUUGGCUAAUGUAGACUGGGAACACGGGCUAUAUGGUGGUGCAGUUGAGGAACAGUAGAAGAGAUUUUUCACGGUGCUCAACAAAAGUAUAUUCCAGUUAAAAGCAGGGACAGUAAGGGUGGGGAGAGCCAGCCAUCGACAACCAAGGAAAUAAAGGAAGGCAUCAAACUAAAAGCUCGUGCGUACAAAGUCGCCAAGAGUAGUGGGAAACUUGAAGAUUGAGAAAACUUUAAGAAGUAACAAAGAACCACUACUAAAGAAAGGGAAGACAGAUUAUGAAAAUAAACUAGCACAAAUAUAAAAAUGAAUUUGAAAAGUUUUUAUCAUUACAUAAAGCAGAAAAGGGCGGCCAAAGUGAAUGUAGGUCUCUUGGAGGAUGACAAGCGGGAAUUGAUAUUGGAUUCAGAAAAGGAUGUAGGCAAAAGGCAGGUAACUAUAGGCCAGUUAGUUUAACAUCUGUAGUUGGGAAAAUGCUUGAAGCUAUCAUUAAAGAAGAAAUAAUGAGGCAUCUGGAAAGAAAUAGACCCAUCAAGCAGAUGCAGAUGGA